GGAAGGGAGGAAGGAGGAGGAAGGAGCUGAUUGCUUUGCGAUGUAGCUUGCUCGCGAUGAUCCUGAAAGCCGCCCCCAGCGGUUGAUCCUUAGCCUGUUCUAGCUGCUGCUGUUGCUGUUGCUGUUGCUGUUGCUGCGGUGAUUGGUGGUUCUUCUUCUUCUUCUUCUUCUUCUGCUAGUUUCUGUGGCGGAGGUAGCUCGUCGGCUCGUCUUGCUGUUCCUCCUCCUCCGCCCCUGAUUGGGGGGUUUGCGGGAGUUCCCGGCGUCGUUCGUGUGCACCGAUCGGGCGGAGGCGCUUCGGAUUCGGCGCGGGAUAUGGCUGCUCGCGAGGUCUCGGCCGCGGGGAGCGACCGGAGGGAGAGGAAGAGCUGCGAGGAUGCGUUGUACAAGGAGCUGUGGCACGCUUGCGCCGGCCCUCUGGUGACGGUUCCUCGCGAGGGGGACCUGGUUUAUUACUUCCCGCAGGGGCAUAUUGAGCAGAUUGAGGCAUCGAUGAAUCAAGUCGCCGAUCGGCAAAUGCCGGCUUACAAUCUUCCCUCGAAGAUUCUGUGCCGUGUCAUAAAUGUUCAAUUGAGGGCUGAACCAGACACUGAUGAGCUGUUUGCUCAAGUGACUUUGCUCCCGGAGCCUAAGCAAGAUGAGACUGCUGUGGAGAAGGAAACUGGGCCUCCCCCACCUCCACGACCCCGUGUCCAUUCCUUUUGUAAGACACUUACAGCCUCUGAUACGAGCACUCAUGGUGGGUUCUCUGUAUUGAGACGUCAUGCAGAUGAAUGCCUACCCCCAUUGGAUAUGUCUAAGCAACCUCCAACUCAGGAAUUGGUGGCCAAGGAUUUGCAUGGAAAUGAGUGGCGUUUCCGCCACAUUUUUCGAGGUCAACCAAGGCGACACCUACUCCAAAGUGGUUGGUCACUGUUUGUCAGCUCUAAAAAGCUUGUCGCUGGUGAUGCUUUUAUAUUUCUCAGAGGUGAAAAUGGUGAACUUCGUGUUGGAGUUAGAGGAGCGAUGAGGCAACUGAACAAUGUUCCAUCUUCGAUUAUGCCAAGUCACAGUAUGCAUAUCGGUGUCCUUGCAACAGCAUGGCAUGCCAUUUCAACUGGUACAAUGUUCACUGUGUAUUACAAACCGAGGACUAGCCCUGCUGAAUUCAUCAUUCCUCUUGAUAAAUACACUGAAUCUACCAAAAUCGAUUGCUCCAUCGGCAUGAGGUUCAGAAUGACAUUUGAAGGUGAAGAAGCUCCAGAGCAGAGGUUCUCCGGCACUGUAAUUGGAUCUGAGGAUGUUGAUCCUCCGAGGUGGCCUGGAUCAAAAUGGAGAUGCCUUAAGGUGCGGUGGGAUGAAAUCACUUCCAUUCACCGCCCGGACAGAGUUUCUCCCUGGAACAUAGAGCCUGCCAUGACUGCACCAGAUAACCUGCCAGCAUCCCGGCCGAAAAGGCCUCGAGCAAGCAUGUCAACAUCUAAUGAUUCUUCUGUACGGAUGAGGGAAGGUCCUUUGGGAAUCAGUACAGACCCUCCAGCAGAUAUAGGGUUUUCAAAGGCCUUGCAAGGUCAAGAAUUUUCAGCCUUGAAGGGCAGCUUAGCACUAAAUAAUGACAUGGAGAAUGCUGAGAUGCCACAUGCAUGGUGUGAAUUUCCAGCUGAUAACCCAAAGAGCAUGCAUUUUGGCCAGAGGAAAUGUAGACCAAACACUUGGAUGGCUCCAACGAUGCAGGAAGCAACACUUAUUGAUCUGGUGUCAGAUUCCGGGUCUUUUCACCACCGCCGUGGAUUCUUCUCAUCCUUUUUUCGCCGGGACAGUGAAAUUAGCAACCAAGUUAAGAAGCAAAAUUCAACGGAGGAAACGAAAACUGAUUUGCUUCCUUCUCCAGGAUCUGUGAGGCAAGGUCCCUCACUGAACAUGCUGGGAUCUGGAAUUGUAGCUUCUCUAGAAAUUGAGAGUCGACAACAGCAGUGUCUCAGUAAUGUUAAAGGCGACACAAGAAGGGACAUGCAUUCGGGAAAUUUUUUCUUUCCUAUGCUUUCUCCGUCAUUUGUUGAGGAUCCAAAUCAUAUCAUGGUUGGAAAAUCAGAUUUUCCAUUUGCCCAACAAGAGUUGAUAAAAUCUAAUGGAAAUGGCAAUUGUAAGCUUUUUGGGAUUUCCCUCACGAGUGGUCCUGUGGCAACAGAAUUGGAUAAUGGGCAUGGCUCACAAAAACAAGUCCUACAAUCAAAUCCGGCGGAUGAUUCGGAACCUAAUGUACUUGUGAGUCCGAUCAAGUGUUCAAAGAUUGCACCUAAUACAAUUGCAUAUGGUGAACAGGGAAGGGCAUUUCCAUCUUCAGAGCAACCAGUUAGAGAUGUAGAGGGCAAGCACCAGGCUGCUUCUACCAGAAGUUGCAUCAAGGUUCACAAGCAAGGCAUUCCCGUAGGUAGAUCCGUGGACUUGAGCAAGUACCAUGGUUACAGUGAGUUGAUAACUGAACUGGACAAAAUUUUUGAGUUCAAUGGUGAAUUAGUUGCCCCUACUAAAGAAUGGCUAGUUGUUUUCACCGACGAUGAGGGCGACAUGAUGCUUGUUGGAGAUGAUCCAUGGGAGGAAUUCUGUGGCAUGGUCCGUAAGAUCUUUAUCUACACUAGGGAAGAGGUAAAGAGGAUGGCUCCAAAACCCUUGAUUCCUAGAAGUGAGGAGAUUUCGCCGAAAGCAGGCCAUAAAAAGGAUUCUGGAGGAAUCUGAAGUUUGCAAUAGCGUAUGACUGUAGACCCCCGUAGCAAACUUUUGUAUUUUGUGAAAAGCCGGAGCCUCCGAAUACACCAGCUACGCCUAACAUGUGAAAUGGGUGCAUAAGGAUGAGUGUGCGGCCGCUGCUUCUAAUGGUUGCUCAGGAAGUUAAUUUUUGAUAGUUAAUACGAUCGGUCCUUUAUGCUUACUAUUCCUUUGCCCGGUGUAAGCUGUAAUUAUAAGUGUUUAUGUAGCCUUUGGCUUCUCCCAGACCAGCAUUUUCCUUUUUGCUUGGUAUACUAUCGUGCCAUUUUUAUUGAUUAUAUGAGCCAGUCAGUGGAAAGCCAUUGUAAAUAUCCUAAACAGCACCUACUGUACGGCCUGUUAUAUAAUACUGAUUGGUAUUGGAAAAA